GUUUGCAAGCCUCCAUGCAGGGGGUCCCAGCAGCGGCGGGAGAGCUCGGGAAGUGCGAGGAGUGAAAUUCUCUUCUCCUGCACACCUUCUGACUACAUUUCUACGUCACCCCCCCCCUUCCUCCUCCUCCCCUUCAGUUCACCAUGGUCGCGGGAUACUCGCGGAAAGUCUGUGAUGUGGAGAUUCGACAACUGUGCAUGGAAGACCUGGACGACGUGAUGGUACUACAGCAGGAGAACUAUGCGCCAGAGCUGCUGGAAGGACGCGAGGUCUUUGAGAGCAUCAUCAGGUAUCAAGCUCAGUUCUGCCGUGCGAUUGUGCAUGCAGAGAGUAUUGUUGGCUAUCUCUUUGCUCACUUGCACGCACGCGAUGGCCCGCCUCCAGCGUUGGCAGUGGCUCUACAUGAGCAGAGCUUCCCGUCAGAUGGUCUAGUCUUCAUCCAUGAUGCAUGCAUCUCCAAGAAGUUCCAGGGCCGCGGGCUCCUGCGCUUGAUGUUGAGCACCAUUGAUCAGCGUGAAGGCAUGGCGUGUGUGGCUGUGCAAGGGGCGGAGGUUGUGUGGAAGAAGUUGGGCUUCUUAGCAGUGCGAAGCGCCGGCGACUGCGGCUACGGAGAUGGUUCCUUGUUGAUGAUUCGGGACUCCCCUCGUGUGGAGGAGGAGGGUGUGCUCCUGAGCGAUGCUCAGCGGCCUCUCUCUCGACCCAUCGCUGUGAGGUCAUGAGCAAGAGCAAGUGCCCAACCAAGGGAGGCUUCAUAACUCUGCGAUAAACCAGACUGAAAGAUCUGCC